ACCAUCAGCACGCCUUUUCAAUCAGAAAGCUCGCUUAUAACCUAUCACAUUUUGAGUUGAAGAAGGAGGCACAAGAUCCCAAGUACCUUGUUGAACAAGGGUAGUGAAUUCGUCAGACAUGGCUUUCUGGCAAUUGGGAUCCUUCAAAGCCAGGUUGUUAGUGAUAGCCUUUGGUGACAAGUUGCGCCUUAGAGCGCUCAAUACUACCAUUAGCACGCCUCUUCAAUCAAAAAACCCACUUACCACUUAUCACAUUCUGAGUUGGAGAAGGAGGCACAAGAUCCCUAGUACCUUGCGGAACAAGGGCAGUGAAUUCAUCGGACAUGGCUUUUCACUAAUUGGGAUCCUUCAAAGCUUGAGAUACACAUGUAGGUUUUAUGGGUCUGAUCGUUGGGGAUUUGGUUGCGAGAAAGAGGUGCUUAGGUUUGAAGAUCAUGUUUUGAGAACUAGUGAUCAUGGGAUGGAUGCGUUGGAGCGGCACAAAGGCUAUGGGGGAAGCCGAGGUAGUGGAAUCACUGAAGGUGAAGAAGGUGAAGAAGAAAUGGUGCGUAGUGAUGAAUUCGAGAGAGGAUGUUGGACCAUAGGCUGUAAUGGGCUUGCGGCUUAUGAGGAAGGUGGGGUGGCAAAUUGGGCUGCGGAAAAGGAACAAGGAAUAGGGGUGGUCGGUGGAAGGGAUGACUGGGUGGCGAUUCGGGUCGGAGAUGAUGAAUGCGGAAAGUGGAUCACUUUGGGUGGGUCUCAUACAAUAGUAAGCAAGUCAUGGCGCAAGGCUUGAUCUUAUCUUACCCAAAUGUCAAACGAGGAGUCUGGAAUUUGUUCUGUCGAUGCUAGGACUGUAGGGCAUGGUUUUGUAUCCUCAAGAAAAUCAAGUAAUUUGU